GCAACACAAACACUCUGAUAGCAACCCGUGACAAUAGAGGCAAUAGCAUAUAGCUCUCUUGAAAGCAUCGCACCCAAAAAGGCUCAAAUCGCCACGUCGAAACGAAAAACGGGACACGAGGGAUAGGACAAGCAAGAUCAAUCUACAUUCUUUCUCCUUGAACGCGAAUUAUCCUACAAAAUGUCUAUGAGCGAUAUCAACCCGGGGCAGGCAGUGUAUGCCACUGAUGAAAAUGGCCGGCCAUUCAUCAUCGUCCGUGAGCAAGGAAAGAAGGUCCGAACUCAUGGUCUGGAGGCUAUCCGAAGUCACAUCCUGGCUGCCCGAUCAGUCACCAACAUCAUCAAAUCCUCCCUCGGACCACGAGGACUGGACAAGAUCCUCAUCUCCCCCGACGGCGAUAUCACCGUGACCAACGACGGAGCGACGAUCCUCGGUCAGAUGGAGGUCGAGCACCAGAUCGCCAAGUUGUUGGUAGAGGUCAGUAAAAGUCAGGACGAUGAGAUUGGGGAUGGGACUACUGGUGUUGUCGUCUUGGCGGGAGCUCUGUUGUCCUCGGCAUUGUCGUUACUGGACCGAGGCAUCCACCCUAUCAGGAUCGCCGAUGGGUACGAAAAGGCAUGCGAGGUCGCCAUCGCCGAGUUGGACCGGGUAGCAGACACGAUCGAGUUCUCAAAAGACAACACGGAAAACUUGUUGAAGACCUCGAUGACCAGUUUGGGAAGCAAGAUCGUCUCGAUCGCUCACGAAAAGUUCGCCCAGAUCGCCGUCGACGCCGUCCUCUCGGUAGCCGACCUCGAACGUCGGGACGUCGAUUUCGAGCUGAUCAAGGUCGACGGCAAGGUCGGAGGUUCCCUCGAAGACACGACGCUGGUCAAGGGUGUCGUCGUCGACAAGGAUAUGUCUCACCCGCAGAUGCCUUCCUCGGUCAAGGACGCCAAGUUGGCCAUCUUGACGUGUCCGUUCGAGCCUCCCAGGCCCAAGACCAAGCACAAGUUGGAUAUCGAGAGCGUGGAAGAGUACAAGAAGCUGCGAGAGUAUGAGAGGGAAAAGUUCUUGGACAUGAUCAAGAUGGUCAAGGACACCGGUGCCAACCUGGUCAUCUGUCAAUGGGGUUUCGACGACGAAGCCAACCACUUGUUGAUGCAAAACGACCUUCCCGCCGUCCGAUGGGUCGGUGGACCAGAGAUCGAGCUCAUCGCGAUCGCGACCAACGGGAGGAUCGUUCCUCGAUUCGAGGACUUGACGGCGGACAAGUUGGGUAAAGCGGGGAUCGUCAGGGAGGUCUCGUUUGGGACGACGAGGGAGAAGAUGUUGGUCAUCGAAGAAUGUGCGAACACGAGGGCUGUUACCAUCUUUGUCCGGGGAAGCAACAAGAUGAUCAUCGACGAGGCCAAACGAGCUCUGCACGACGCCAUCUGCGUCGUCAGAAACCUCGUCCGUGACAACCGGGUCGUCUACGGAGGAGGCGCGGCCGAGAUCUGCGCCUCGAUCGCCGUCGCCAAGAAGGCCGACGAGAUCCCGUCGAUCGAGCAGUACGCGAUGAGGGCGUUCGCUCAGGCUCUGGACGCUGUCCCGCUCGCGCUCGCCGAGAACUCGGGGUUGAGCCCGAUUGAUACUCUGGCGGAUGUCAAGAGUAGGCAGGUCACCGAGCAGAACCCGAGAUUGGGUAUCGAUUGUAUGGGACGAGGAGAGAACGACAUGAAGAAGCAACACGUAUACGACCCGCUCAUCUCGAAACGUCAACAGUUCCUGCUCGCGACCCAGGUCGUCAGGAUGAUCUUGCGUGUAGACGACGUGAUCGACGCUUCCGCCUUUGCCGCCGAGUAGACUUAGGGGUCUCUUUCGCUCUAGAGAGGAUGUCUGGGGGGAGGGCAGAUCUUGUGUGUUUUGUGGAACCUACAUGACGAACAAUGUAACGACGACGAGAUUGGCAUUGGCAUGGGCAUCAUGGACCAAGUUGUCGAGGUUGUUGUGUGAACGGUGACCAAUUCGAUUCGAUCCGCGUGACUCAGCAAAGUUGGCGUGAGCAAAAAGUCGAGAGCGGGUUGAGGG